AUGCCUACAAACAACAUCGCCUUCACCGCGCCUGUCAAUCCCCCGGGCACAGGCCUGAGACUCCAUUCCGACCAGAUCUGGACGGGUCUGCGGCUUAAGAUCCGAUCUGCCGAAACCUUUGUUCCCAAUGCUAUUUCCUCGACGACGGUGAUCUCGGAGUCCAUCGACCCAACCACGGGAAACGAAGUGACCGUUCGGGAGGUUGUUUUCGUCGAGUCCGAGCGCAAAGCCCAAGAGACCGUUACGGCGUUCGCGCCAUCCAGGGUGGUGUACAAGCAACAGGAUGGAAGUACGAUUUCGAAUGUAAUCAGCGAGGAUAUGCACGGGGAGCUUUAUAUGACCUAUACUUUUGAAUGGAGACACCCAGAUGUGACCGAUGAAGAGCUUCCGGCAUUGUUGAACAAGGAGAAGAAGAUGAGUCGGAUGGCCGUUGAUGGAACUAUUGCGGUUCUGAGGCGGUUGGUGGAUACUGGGAAGAUUUGA